AUGCCUUCCAACACGCCACCAAUACCUCCCAUCACGGCACCCUCCAUACCCGACCUCUGUCAGCAGCCCUUCCCCGGCGCCGUGUCCGCCAUGGCAACAACCUCCCAGCCGCGGCCAACGGCCAUCGAAGUACCACCAGCCUUGCCGCGACCUGGCUUUAUGUUUCGUGCAGACGGAGUCUUAUCCGAUGACGCUCCCUUGGUAUUUUCGGAAUGGAGUGGUAGGGUUGAUCAGUUGAUCAACAACAUCGAUACUUUACAACAGAGCCAUGAACUCCUUCGAGAGCGUUGCUUGCUCUUGUCUGCAGCCUGCAAGAAACACGACAUCACCUACAUCGUCAUGCAUCACAUAUAUUGUAUCUGGUCACACAGCAAACAACACGCUUAUCAAAUCAUGCUGCCGUUUGCGCCUGAUGCGAUAGACAGCGCAUUCGCCGCCCUCUCGCUGCUUGUUAAAACCAACGACGCUCUUUCACCUGCGCAACUCGACUGGUUUCACCGCUUCCCUGCCCAAACUUUUGACUCAUUCGUUCCUUCACCGAUUCUAGUACGGGUAAUAAAAGAUAUCUUGCGCCUUCUUUCGGCAUUUGCAGCGCAUUGGCCAGACUUUCGGGCACGCAUCAUAUCCCGCAGCUUUCCCGCUCUUGUCUGCGAAAUGAGAGACGUGCUACAAUGCUCGUCAUAUAUCGUGCAAAACAUCAUCUUCCAUACCAGUCGCCGGCUUUUAGGCUGCCCGGAUGGCUAUCUCAUGGAUGUUUUCCAGAAUUCCUUCGAUCGUGACCGGAACUUCGAGUCGGCCAUUUCUUUUAAUCGCUUUACGCCAGACCAUAUUCAGCAGACAAGGCAAGCAUUAGUGAUGAACUAUUCUGGAUUGAUUGCGCACAUACGCUCUCAAGCGCACAGCAUCUCCCACGUCUUACAGUCUCUAGAUGCUCCCGGUGCUCAUACGGCAAGAGAAUCAGCUGUGGCUCAUACACCUAGGUCAUCAGCUGUACAGCCAAAUGAUCAGACCCAACUCAAUCAAAUGCCGGUAGUUUCAGCUAGUGUGCGCUUUCUCGGAUCAGGUAACAGUACAUUCGUGUGCUCCUCACCGAAUCAGCCCUUUCAGUCUUCUGGCCAAACAAUACAUCCUUUCAACGGCACACACUCACCAAUCCCGGUUCCGCCCCGAGCCCAGCCUCGUAACAUACCAAAUAUUAUGCCUCAGCACGUUCAGCCUACUGUACCUUUGAAAACGAAUUCAGCUUCAAGCUUGGCUGCAUUCUUGGAGGCGGCACCCGGCAAAGUGUUCAGGCGGAUACCUGAAUCGGAGUAUCCCCAGAGUGCCUAUGGCUUGCCAUCACUAAUGGUCGGCUUGCAUUUGGCACGACAGCGUAGCCCUAGGCGGGUGCCCCUCGACAAUGGGCCCAUGAGGUACUAUCAAUAUGUCGACAAUCUCGUUCUUCAGCCUAUAAGGCUAGAAGUGAGCAUGAAGUUGAACAAGAUUGAAUUCUCGCUAUCAAAACAUCAACUUCAGAGAAUACCAGUGCGCCAGGAAUCCGACAUUCGCAGUCUACCGGUCGUGAGGUUCGAAGACAACACUCUGCGUUUCAGAGUGCGUGUCUGCCGAUUUCCAUCAGGGUAUAAUGAGAUGAGCGAGUCAAAGUGGUUACAAGCAGGCACAUUUUGGCCAGAACAGAUGCACGUCAUGAUCAACUCGAUUCCAUGCCUCUUGAGUCGCAAACAACACUUCCAUACAGACUUGCCUGUUGAGAUCACCACUAACGUGAAAUCUGGUGAUAACGAGCUUCAUGUUAGCUUGCCAUCGCUGUCUCAGAACGAGGUCGGGUACGACUACUUUAUUGGAGUCGAGAUAGUCACCACGCAAAAGUAUGCAUCUGUGUGGCGCGCUAUCAAUACUAAACCUCGUUCUUCUGCCGACGCGACGAGAGACGCGAUCAAGCACCGCUAUAGGCUACACGAUACUGACGAGGUCGCUCUGCUCAGUAGUACCUGGAAAGUCUCCAUCUGCGACCCCAUCAGCUCAAAGAUGUGUGACACUCCUGUUCGCGGCAUCGACUGCAAACAUUUUGAGUGUUUUGAUCUCGAAAACUGGUUGCAGACCCGUCCACUGAAGCCCGGGGCGUCACAAACCGAACCAUGCCUAGUCGACUGCUGGGCCUGCCCGAUUUGUGGCGGUGAUGCGAGGCCGAACCAACUGCGCAUCUGCGACUAUUUUUCCGAUGUUGUGAAACAGUUGCGCGAGGCAGGCAACUCGGAGAUGAGAACCAUUGUCAUAAGUGAAAAUGCCGAGUGGCAACCGCUGGUUGAAAUAUCUUAUUACCAAAAACAAGAAAGUCCAUCGGGAGGGCAUCUGCAUCAGUCGCAACAAGCAGCGAAAAAGGUAGAAGUCAUUGAGAUAUUAGACGAUUAG